AUGUCUUCCGCUAUUUCUCGAUUUUUCCUCCUAGCCGCGUCUGUGACGCCGGUAUUGGGGUUCUGCGGUGCGCAUACACAUCUCGACCGAAGAUCAGAAGGAGAGGAGGUGCCAGUCUCGAAAUUUGGUUAUACAGGUACCAUAGGGCCUCUUCUAUGGACUCAGCUAGACACUGCCGCCAAUGGACUAUGCUCGACAGGCACCAACCAGUCACCGAUUAAUAUGGUCGACGGACAAUUUAAGCUCGUCUCAGCGUGCGAUGUUGAGUUAAAUAUCCCCGACGCUCGGGAGGGCGCAACCUUUGAGAACCUUGGGUCGACAGUGGAGGUUGUGAUGAAAGAUGUUGGAGGCACAUUCGUCCUCGAGGGAAAGAACUACACAUUAGAGCAAUUCCAUUUCCAUCACCCUAGCGAGCAUCUCGACGAUGGCGUCAGCAUGCCGAUGGAAAUGCACAUGGUUUUCACCACGGAGGCGAAGGAAAUUGCCGUGAUUGGUGUCUACGUCGACCUUAUAGAUUCCCCAACAGUUCUUCAGCUCCAUCUUCACCCCCGAAGCGCCCCAUCAACCUUGCUCGAAACCGUCUUCUCUUCCAUUGGAGACAUUGCAACUCCCGGUACCUCGACAAAGACCAAGCCCCUAGUCAUGUCGGAAUUGGUUACGCAGCUCAAGACCGGUAGCUUCAAGCGGUAUUCUGGCUCACUCACCACCCCGCCCUGCUCCGAGGGUGUCGCCUGGUCCGUGGCAACUGAGAAGCUUCGUUUAUCCAAGACCACGUUUCAGGCUGUGCGUGAUGUUGUUGGAUACAACUCCCGAUAUCCUCAGAACAAUCUUGGCGAAGAGAACUUGCUUGCCAUGGCCUCGGGUGCUAAGGCUCCUGCGAAUUCCACUGCAGCCCGAAGACGGUGGGCUAUGUAA